CCUGCCUCGCUAUGGCGCUGUCGCGCGCGGAGCGCUGCCUUGUGCUGCUGCUGCGGCUCCUGUCGCGCGCCUUCCUCGUGCUGCUGAGCCUGGCGGCGCGCGCCUCCGCGGCGCUCGCCCCUAAGCCACCAGCGCUGCCCCCGCCGGCCGGGGCGCCCACCGCGCGCUGUGUGCCACCGCCGGGCCAGCCGCUGCUGCUGCUGUCGGCAAGGCAGCUGGCUCGGCGCAUCCGCCGCCGGGAGGUGAAAUGCACUGAUGUUGUUCAGGCUUAUAUCAAGAGGAUUGAGGAGAUAAAUCCGCUUGUCAAUGCAGUUGUCAAGGCCAGGUUCGAUGCAGCUCUUCAAGAGGCCCACCAUGUUGACAAACUGCUCUCGGAAGGUCAUGGAGAUGAAGAUUCCCUGCAGGAAAAAUUUCCCUUCCUGGGGGUUCCUUUCACCGUCAAGGAGGCCUUUGCGCUGCAUGGGAUGCCAAACACCUCUGGCCUGGUUAGCCGUCGCAACUUGAUCUCCGCGUCAGACGCUCUGGUGGUGUCACGGUUAAAGCAAGCUGGUGCAAUUCCAUUGGGUGUGACCAAUUGCAGUGAGCUGUGUAUGUGGUAUGAGUCUAUCAACAAUGUCUAUGGCAGAACAAACAACCCAUAUGACCUGCAAAGGAUCGUGGGUGGCAGCUCAGGUGGUGAAGGCUGCGUCCUGGGAGCUGCCUGCUCCGUAAUCGGGGUGGGCUCAGAUAUCGGCGGCAGCAUUCGGAUGCCUGCUUUUUUCAAUGGAGUCUUUGGACAUAAACCCACCACAGGAGUGGUCCCCAAUGAUGGUCAGUUCCCCAAUGCUCUGGGCGUGCGGACGGAGUUCCUGUGUACGGGUCCCAUGUGUCGCUAUGCUGAGGACCUGAAGCCCAUGUUGAGGGUCAUGGCUGGGCCUGGAGUCAGAAAGCUGAAGCUGGAUGAAAAGGUGUCACUGGAGAAAGUAAAAUUCUACUGCAUGGAGCAUGAUGGUGGUUCAGUUUUCGUGUCCCCUGUGGACAGGGAAAUUCUUCAGGCCCAGAGAAAGGUGGUGGAGCACCUGGAGACUCAGUGUGGGGUCCAAGUUCAGCAUAUAACAAUCCACAAGAUGAAGUACGCUUUCCAGAUCUGGUCUGCUAUGAUGUCUUCCCGGGACAGUGAUGGGCAGGAAGCACAGCUGUUCACAGACCUGCUUGGAGAUCAUGGGAAGCCCGUAUGGCCGCUGUGGGAGCUGAUGAAAUGGUUCCUGGGGAUGUCUUUGCACACCAUCCCUGCCAUUGCCCUGGCACUGACAGAGAAGCUGAUGAAACUCAACCCUGGUGGGAAUGCCAAGCUGGUGAGCAUGGGACACAGCCUGCGGACUGAGAUGAUGAACUUGCUGGGGACUGAUGGGAUACUUUUGUACCCUUCCCACCCCAUAGUGGCACCUAAGCACUACUCUCCCUUGGGGAUGCCUUUCAACUUUGCGUAUACAGCUGUUUUCAAUGUCCUGGGCUUGCCUGUCACCCAGUGCCCACUGGGCUUGAGCAGUGAGGGACUUCCCUUGGGAAUUCAGGUGGUGGCAGGCCUGCACAAUGACCAUCUGACACUGGCUAUGGCUCGAUACCUGGAGAAGGCUUUUGGAGGCUGGGUUUGCCCUGGAAAAUCAUAACACUGAUUCCUAGGACCCCCUCAUGGCAGGAAGACGGAGACAAUCCUUUUCCCAAAAGCUAGCAAUGGGCAUCAGUACCUGUUUGGAUCCGAACAGUAACACUCCCUCCCACACAAUCCAAGCUCCUUUCUGGAGCAGCGUGGGCAGGCUAACUCAGCCAGGACCAAGUGCUCAUUCUCCUCUAAUCAGUGGCCAAGUGCUACUGCUCAAGCUCAUGUUUUCAACUGGAAUUUUCUCCUCUUCCUGCAGACGAUGAUGAGAAAGGGAAGGAGCGAGCAAGUGAGUAUCCCCAGCCAGCUUCUUUCUGUAGGAACCUGAGUUCUCAUGGAUUCUGAAUGGAAGGCUCAUGCCCUUGCUGGGGGAGAUGGUAGCAUGUGCCCAGAUUAGGUGGGCUGCCAUUGUGAGACCACUACUCUUUAUUUUCAGUUAUUUUCUUUCUCUGUUAUGUUCGCCUCUUAAAGACAAAGGAAAGGGACCGGGAGAAGGGGCGGGCUGGACCGUGGGUACUAAAGGGUUAUUUAGGGAAUAAUCUUCCAGCAUGGUGCCUGCUGGAGAGCAAUGUUCAAAACUCCCAUGAAUGUGUAAACUUGCUUGCUGUGCUGCUGGGAUGCUCUACUUUCUUAUUUCCUGCCUAACUUAACUGUCCAUGCACAACAGAGUCACUGGUUACCUGCAGCCCAGCUGAGCUGAGUCGAAGUGAACAGAUUUUUGUAUUUCCCCCACUAACUGCAGAAUGGAAAAGGGUUGCAUGUGGUGUGUUUCUGCUUUAAAGCAUUUAAUGCUAAAGGCAGUGCGCGCAGCCUGGUAGCACCACCUCCUGUCCUCCAUGCACAGCUGCUCAUUCAGGGGCAAAGGAAGCACUGGUCUUUGACCUGCACACUGACAGCCAUGGAGCUGAAACCGUUUGGGCUCAGAGUGAACUCUUGCUGUGAGAGACCUGCUCCGCUGGGAUCAUUAUUGCAUCAGAAAAAGGGAGAAGACAUUUCUCCCAGUGUCAUGAGAUGGCUUCCCCAGCUCUUCCUUUCUCUUCCACUCCAUUGGGACAGUAGAUUGUGGCUAAGCUGCCUAAGACACUUUUCUGAAGGAGAUGAGGGAAAAGAAACGGUACUGCUAGAUGUAGAAUUUUGUCCUCCUUUGGCUCUGGGCCCUAAUUCUAUGUAGCCCCCAAGUGGGCAUGCACAAGCACUGUGGGCUACCAGCUGCUUCUUUUGAGCAAUGGUGUAUGUUUAGCAAAUGUAAAUAACUCAGCUGGUAUUAAAGAGAUUGCAUUCCUCCAGUUCAUGGCAUAACUGUGUCCUCGUUGAAAGCUUGCAAUUGUUGCCAUAUGGUCCCAGGCUUUGUGGUUUCACUGGAUGCCACCAACUAAGUGGCUUGGGCCGAGUAUGUUCCUGCACAUGAGACUCCAAGGAAAACUGAGGGCGCUGUUCCCCUGAACCAUGUCCCAGUAUCAUGGUGGUUUGCAGUAUUUCACAUGAGAUGUGAUUUGAAGCUGUUUCCAAUUGUGGUCGUUAAAAGGUCCCAUGGUGUGCACGCACUCCUGUCGAGGGCUAGCUUAUCCAAAUUCCAGCACAUACAAUCACAUUAGCGUGUGAACUUAGUCCAUGUUUUUCCUUAUGUCCUCUUCCUAACCCUUGUUUUGUUGUGGUGUAUGUGGAGUAUAGUUAUCACCCACCACUCCAGAGGUGGCUGCAUUUCAGUGGUAGAAAAAAAAAUUGGUUAUAUUUCUAAGUUGUGAAAAAACAAACUAAAAUCAGCCAGCACUGCCUGAUGAGUGUCUCCUUUAGUUAUUCCCCUUGUUAUUGAACAGAACAUUUUAAAAUUUUGCUUCUGGUAUUUGAUGGUUACCAUGUUUAGAUUCAGUCACAAGUCAGCAGCAUCUAUUUGUUUGAGAGGCCAAAUUGCUAAAUGUUGCAGAUCAUGUACUCUGUGCACAUACUCUUCACUUUUUAUUUAAACCAAUGCCCUAAUUUUGGUCAUAUCCAGUUUCUUAGCUACAAGUAGAUGUGAUGUGUUGUUACCCCCGGGGUGCAGUCUGGGAGCUGUUGGAACCGCUGUGCCCCCUAACAAUUCACCUGGGUUGGCCUCUCUCACACUGCUCUGCUGCUGCUAAUAGCCAGCCUCUCCAGGCCCUGUUGUCACCCAACACAACAGCAGGUGGCGCCACACAUCCAGCUGAGUUACCUGGGUGCUUUACCGAAGCCAUUUAAGGAUCAACUACGGAAGCACCAGCUCCCCAGCCUUGCACCCUUAUUGGAGUAUAAACCCAGAAUUAUACUGCCUUGCACUGCACAGGGAUAUAUAUGGUGCAAGCUCAUUAAAUUAAUCCGCUUCCCUUGAUGUGGGGAACAAGCUGAGAUUUUCCCAAACACUUCAAAAACACACUGGUUAAGAUAAAACAUAAAACAAGUUUAUUAACUACAGAAAGAUAGAUUUUAAGUUAUUAUAAGUGAUAGCAAACAGAUCAAAGCAGGUUACCUAGCAAAUAAACAAAACCGCAAACUAAGCCUAAUAUACUAGACAGAUAGGAUUUGAAUUAGCAAUAUCUCACCCUGUCUGAUGAUACAAGCAGGCUUGUAAAUUCUUGAGGCAUAGGCUGCCUUUGCUGUGCAGCCUGGGUUCCCCUGGCCCAUUCCAAGUCUUUUGUCUUUUAGAGGUUCUUCCAGGUGUUGAGUUGCGGGGGAGUCAAGACAAAUCAUGUCGUCACUCCCCACCUUAUAUAGACACUCCCUAUGGUGGGAACCCUUUGUCCAAGCUAAGUUCCCAGCCCAGUUUGUGGAAAAAUACAGGUACCAAAAUGGAGUUCAGUGUCAUGUAGUCUGGUCACAUGCCCUUGCAUGUCUUGCUAAAUCAUAGCAGCCAUUAUUCAUAGGCUGGCUGAAGGGUACCCAGGCGAGGACAAACCUUUUCCAUGGUCCAUUGUCUUUGUUGAUGGCUAUUAGCACUGUCUAGCUCAGGGGUCGGCUACCUUUCAGAAGUGGUGUGCCGAGUCUUCAUUUAUUCACUCUAAUUUAAGGUUUCGCGUGCCAGUAAUACACUUUAACGUUUUUAGAAGGUCUCUUUCUAUAAGUCUAUAAUAUAUAACUAAACUAUUGUUGUAUGUAAAGUAAAUAAGGUUUUAAAAAUGUUUAAGAAGCUUCACUUAAAAUUAAAUUAAAAUGCAGAGCUCCCCGGACCGGUAGCCAGGACCCAGGCAGUGUGAGUGCCACUGAAAAUCAGCUUGCGUGCCGCCUUCGGCAUGCGUGCCAUAGGUUGCUCAACCCUGGUCUAGCUUCUUUAUUGUUGUACCUGAAAGGCUUGUUGUGGAUGUUUCCAAUUUCACAAUAUCUUUCAGUAACACACACUGAUGUUGCACUCCAUACGCUUUAUGAAAAUAUGCUUAUGAAUGUGAAUAUGACAACUGGAAUAUGCUUUACGCUAAAUACCCAUUGUAUGGUAUCAUUAGAAAGCUUGUAUUCUACUGAGUGUGUUCAUCCUAUUUGUUUGCAUGUAUUAUUUCUAUGUCUGGAGUUAGAAAAAUAAGAUAUAAACUUGUAUUACUGAUGUAAACAUUUUAAGUGGAAGCCAUUAAGAGUGUGUCAGAAUCAAUGAACUUUAUUUACCUGCAAGCCUUCCUGCGUACAUGUGGGCCAGCGCAUGGCUAAUGAAGAAUGAGGUUUCAUAGGGACAUGACCAUGUCACCUGAUACUGAAAUCCAUCUUAAAUCUUGUACUUUUCCAUUUGGAAGUAGGGGUGGGGGCCAAGCACAGACAAAAGAUUCCCGCCUUGUGCCAAAGCUAUAAAAGGGGGUGGAAUAGGACAAAGGAGGCUGCCAGUCAUGAGAAAACCCCUGCUUACCACCUGAGAUGUCUGCUGGAACGAACAAGGACCUGUACCAAGGGAAAGGAUUGGGCCCAGAUUAGGAAGGAGUCUAGUCUGUGAAAGAAGUUUAUUGGAACAUCUCUGAGGGUGAGAGAUUACCUGUAAUCAGUUCCUUAAUGUAUUAGGCUUAGACUUGUGUGUUUUUGUUUUAUUUUGCUUGGUGACUUACUUUGUUCUGUCUGUUAUUACUUGAAACCACUUAAAUCCUACUUUUUAUACUUAAUAAAAUUUCUUCUGUUUAUUAAUGAA